AUGGGUUUGGUUGAUCCAGCCCUGAACGAUCAGGGAACGAUGGUGUUCACGGCGCCAGCUAAAACAAUAUUAUUCGGGGAACAUGCUGUGGUUUAUGGCAGGGUAAGUUGUGUUUUGACAUUGAAAGGCAUGGGCUUUCAUAUACUAUUUCCUACCCCUACCCCUACCCCUACCCCUACCCCUACCCCUACCCCUACCCCUACCCCUACCCCUACCCCUACCCCUACCCCUACCCCUACCCCUACCCCUACCCCUACCCCUACCCCUACCCCUACCCCUACCCCUACUCCCCUACCCCUACCCCUACCCCUACCCCUACCCCUACCCCUACCCCUACCCCUACCCCUACCCCUACCCCUACCCCUACCCCUACCCCUACCCCUACCCCCUACCCCUACCCCUACCCCUACCCCUACCCCCUACCCCUGCCCCUACCCCCUACCUCUACCCCUACCUCUACCCCCUACCCCCUACCCCUACCCCUACCCCUACCCCUACCCCCUACCCCCGACCCCUACCCCUACCCCCUACCCCUACCCCCUACCCCUACCCCUACCCCUACCCCUACCCCCUACCCCUACCCCCUACCCCUACCCCUACCCCUACCCCCUACCCCUACCCCUGCCCCUACCCCUACCCCUACCUCUACCCCCUACCCCUACCCCCUACCCCUACCCCUACCCCCUGCCCCUACCCCUACCCCUACCUCUACCCCUACCCCCUACCUCUACCCCUACCCUUACCUCUACCCUUACCUAUACCCCUACCCCUACCCCUACCCCUACUCCUACCCCUACCCCUACCCCUACCCCUACCCCCUACCCCUACCCCUACCCCUACCCCUACCCCUACCCCUACCCCUACCCUACCCCUACCCCCUACCCCCUACCCCUACCCCCUACCCCCUACCCCCUACCCCUACCCCCUACCCCUACCCCCUACCCCUACCCCCUACCCCUACCCCUACCCCUGCCCCUACCCCCCUACCCCCUACCCCUACCCCCUACCCCUACCCCUACCCCUACCCCCUACCCCUACCCCUACCCCUACCCCUACCCCUACCCCUGCCCCUACCCCUACCCCUACCUCUACCCCUACCCCUACCUCUACCCCUACCCCUUACCUCUACCCCUACCUAUACCCCUACCCCUACCCCUACCCCUACCCCUACCCCUACCCCUACCCCCUACUCCUACCCCUACCCCUACCCCUACCCCUACCCCUACUCCUACCCCUACCCCUACCCCUACCCCUACCCCUACCCCUACCCCUACCCCUACCCCUACCCCUACCCCUACCCCUACCCCUGCCCCUACCCCUACCUCUACCCCUACCCCUACCCCUACCCCCCUACCCCUACCCCUACCCCGACCCCUACCCCCUACCCCUACCCCUACCCCUACCCCUACCCCUACCCCUACCCCUACCCCUACCCCUACCCCUACCCCUACCCCUACCCCUACCCCUACCCCUACCCCUACCCCUACCCCCUGCCCCUACCCCUACCCCUACCUCUACCCCUACCCCUACCUCUACCCCUACCCUUACCUCUACCCUUACCUAUACCCCCUACCCCUACCCCUACCCCCUACCCCUACUCCUACCCCUACCCCUACCCCUACCCCUACCCCUACCCCCUACCCCUACCCCCUACCCCUACCCCUACCCCUACCCCUACCCCUACCCCUACCCCUACCCCUACCCCUACCCCUACCCCUACCCCUACCCCUACCCCUACCCCUACCCCUGCCCCUACCCCCUACCCCUACCCCUACCCUUACCCCUACCCCUACCCUUACCUAUACCCCUACCUCUACCCCUACCCUUACCUCUACCCUUACCUAUACCCCUACCCCUACCUACACCCUUAUCCCCCUAUUAAUAUUGAUUUCAAGCCUAACUGGACUAAUUUUAAAUUUUUCAGCUAGCCGUAGCCGGAGCAAUUGACCUAAGGACGAAAGUCGAGCUAAAAUACAGACAACCGGCUGCCACGAACGGGAUUGAUGAUCAAAUCGAAAUCACACUACCUGAUCUGAACUUUACUCGAUCCUUUCCACGAAGGAAGUUUCUAGAAGCCGCUGAGAAGUUAGGUAUGAUAAGAAAUGGCAGCAAAAAUUUUUUAAAAAUUUUUAAAUUUUAAAAUUUUUUUUUUUAAAUUUAAAAAAUUUUUUUUAAUUGGCUGAAAAACGUAUUUUACCCCAUUUCAGCCCAACAAUGUGCCGAAGAAAACGAGCCCGAAGACCUACCUCCAUCCCCAGAACUUGCCGUCCCCCUGGCCCAACAGCUUUGUGGCCCCAUUGUCAACGACCAAUCCACCGGUAAACACUCAACACACCCAGCACAGAUUGCCAUCUUGACAUUUUUAUAUUUGGCGUUGGGAGUUGCGGCCAAAAAACGGUAAAAACUUUGUUUACAGAGAACCAUUUGAGAAAAAAUUGGGUUUUUAGGGGGUUUUUGGGGGAAAAAAGCGCAGUAACUUUGUUUACAGGCAAAGAAAUUUUAUAAAUUUUUGUAUAGUGGUUUGGUAUACUGUAUUUAUGUAAAACAUUGGAAAAUGUUUUGAAAUUUUUCAGUGGUGUAUCAGAUAUGGCAUGGUUUUUGCGAUUUUCACGUCUUUUUUUGAAACAAACCGUAACAACUUUCUUUACAGAAUCCAAAAUGAUUUGAAAUUUUUUAGACAACGUUACUAUGGUAUUGUUGUUUAUAUACAACAAGAAAAACGUUAAUUUUAUAUUUAAAACGGCCAAAAAGUGAAUUUACAUCCAAGCGGAUUCGAAAUUUCCCCGAAUAAUCAAGCCCUUGCAUAACUCGCCAGGUCGGACGGGACCGCGCUUUCCGAAUCGGCGAAUACUAGGCUUAUGGGGCUUUUAAGAAAUGGCAAAAAGCCUAAAAUUUAAAAAUAAAAAAACGCAAAAACUUUCUUUCCAGAGACUUCCCAGUCUUUAAAAUCGUAGUUUCAUCAAAAGUGCCAGUUCGGGUAGGACUCGGGUCGUCAGGAGCGUACUGUGUAACCCUAGCCGCUUCAUUACUACGACUGGGCGGACUAAUCGACACACCAACAGUAGACGGUCAAACUGGUACCACUUGGUUGGAAAAUGACCUGCACACAAUCGAACAAUGGGCCACAGCGGCCGAAAGUCUGAUUCACGGCCGGUCUAGUGGAUUAGAUGCUUGUGUUUGCACGAGAGGUGGGCUACUGUAGUUUUUGAGUUGUAAAAUACGUAGACUCAAAUAAUGCUUCACCUAAAUUUGUUUUUUAAGUCAAAAAACGGAAAAAAUGUUAAAUUUUGACGAUUUUCAGCAAAUUUUUGAAGAAAAAACGCAAUAACUUUCUUUCCAAAAGUUCAAUUUUUACAAAAUUUUAAAAACAACAUUGUUAUAAUCUACUAAUCACGCUUUUGUAAAAACAUUUAAAGAUUUUUGUAAAAUACGACCAAAAAAUGUAUUCAUGUCUAAGCGGCUUCGAACUUUCCCUAAAUAAUCAAGCGCACCCUUGCUUAACUUGCCAGAUCGGACGGGAGCGCGCUUUCCGAAUCGGUCAAUAAGGAAAUAGGCUGAAAAUUGACGGAAAGUGACAGGACUUUGUUUACAGUAGGGUAAUAUGAUAUGAAGUUUUUUAAAAUUUUAUUUUUUAGUUUUUUGAUCGAAAUUUUUUUUUCAUUUUUUUUGGUCGAAAAAUUUAAUUUUUUUUUCCUUUUUUGGUCGUAAUUCGAAAUUUUAAAACUUUCUUAGACCAAAAAAAAUUUUAAAAGUCAAUUUUUUAAAAUUUUUUUUAUGUUUCAACCUAAAACAAUAUAAUUUACAGGUGGAAUCAUAACCUACCGACGCGGCGAAUACCCUCAACCCCUACAAAACACAGUCAAUCUUCGUAUGAUCAUAGUGAACACAAAAGUCGAGCGAAACACACUCCAAAUGGUGAGGACGGCUCAGGACCUGCUUGAGAAGUUCCCCACCGUUAUCAACCCGAUAUUCGACUCGAUCGAGGAGAUUUCCAAAGACGCGGUAAAGUUAUUGACCGGUCAGAAAGUGGGGAAGAGUUGUUCGAGUUCGCCAUUAAGUGUGAAGAAGGGGUCGGCCAAUGGGGACACGGCUUCGUUGAUGGAUGUGGCUUGUAAUGGAAACGGUACCAAUGGCACCAGUAACGGUGUGGUGGAGCAAUUGGCUAACGGAAUUGAUUCGUUGAAGGCUGGGUUUACUGAGCAUGGCUUUGAGAACUUACAGGUAUGUUAUUUUUUUAAAUUCCACAGGGCGCACGUUAAAAGCGACAUACGAUGAAACAUGUCCAGAUCAAUAUUUUUUAACAACCGUCGAAGUGUCAUGCUUCUAUGCUUAUUCUGAUGGGGUUUUAACAUUUUUACCAAUUUUUUUAUUAGGUGACAUAUUAUAUGAUGAAACAUGUUUUUGGAAAUUUUAAAAUUUUAUCAUCUUAUCAUUCAAAAAUGCAAAUUUCAGGAACUGUGCCGGAUUAACAAUCACUUAUUGAAUGCCCUUGGAGUAGGCCAUGCCAAGAUUACACAAAUCAGCUCAUUACUAGCACGAUAUGGCAUUCAUACCAAGCUUUCUGGUGCUGGCGGUGGAGGCACUGUUUUUGCUUUUAUUACCAAAGGUGGGUUCUUACUGUAAUUUUUUAGCCAAAAGUAGUGUUCUUAGGCUCUAGUCUUUCAUUUUUUGACUGGUUUUUUAAAUUGCAAGAACCUUAUUUACAAAAAAAAUUUGAAAUUUUUAAAAUUUUUUGAAAAUUUUGUACCUCAGGGCUAGAAAAGAAAAAAAUUAGUUCCUUAGGGUCAGAAAAGCCUUAUAAUGCCAACUUUUUUCAGACGCCUCUCCCACCCUAUUGGAAAUGAUCGAAAACGAGCUCAGGAAACAGGGCUUCGACCUGUGGCAGCCGGACCUCGGCGGCGUCGGCGUCCAACAACAGUCCUAA